AGCGGUUCUGGCUCGAUUGGCCCUUUCUUGCCGUCCAGACGACUGCGACGACCACGACGAUCACGACGACCACGACGACCAGACGGCAGCAUCGAACCAUGGCCGAGCACGUUCUGGACUCCAUCCGAGACUUCUUCGAGGGCCAGAUUGACUUCGAAGGCCAGAAAUCGUCCGAAUUGCUCUACACGGCGUUGCUCACAGCCGUCGGCCUCUUCUCCUUCGUCGUCGGCUUCAUCACACAAAAUAUCUACUAUUCAGUCUAUGUCGGCCUAGGAGGCACCGCCGUCACCUUCUUACUCGCCGUUCCGCAUUGGCCUUUUUACAACCAGAAUCCAGCGCGUUUCUUGCCGAGCAGGAAGUACAAGGGUACCGUCAACGUGGCUGUAGAUGUAGAUGGGAAAAAAGUGCAAUGAAUUCAGGCGGCUCGCCGACAGUGUACGAGGAUCAAAUACCUACGCGCGCAGGGCACGACUGCAUGUGGUCAUGUCCGAAUUUGUCACGAUUGUAACAUAGCAUGGGACUGGAACUAGCACGAACCGGGUGUGGACCGUUGCUCGAAUCUUGUGAAGUCUGGUGCGUCUACCGGCUUUUUUCUACCGAGCAGAAAAAAUGCAUCAUCCCAGCGAAGUUCGCUAAGAGAGCACGAUCUUUCGGGCUUCGAGUGCGUUGCCAAACAGUCGAUAGGAGCUAUUUGAAUUCCUAGCCCUCAUAGUAAACCAUCGGCGACGACUGCUCAUGCCGACAAAGAAAUAUGCCUCUAGUGCAAAGUCUACCUUGUCGAAGCGACAGAUGGCUUUCUAGGACCACCAAUGUGCUGGCAUGCCGCUUCUUCUGACUCGACCCAGCCGCUUUUGUAAUGCA